UUGGCAAGAAGGCAUGUGUUUGCAAAUGCUGUUUAGAACUAUGAGAUUUCACUCGGAACUGCUCUCGCUGAUCGUUUGCACAAUAUGGUUAGCUGCUAAUGGGUCCGCGCCGGAGGAUGCCGAUGUCGACUACUGUGCUGAGCUCUCAACUCAGUCCUUGAGCCGGAUUCUGGGACAGGCAUUCAAUCCCCGCUACAUGAGCAUCGAUCCGCCAGGCGAAGCGAACCACCAGCAGUUACCCGGCGGCUACAAGCGAUCGUCGAACGAAUUGCCCUUCUAUGCGGACAGCGAGGUGAUAUCGGUCAGUAGCUUUCCCGCCUGGGAGACGAAUCACUUCGCCAGUGAGGCGGCGACCACUUCUCAUCGCAAGAGCGUGCGAACGAGAAGCGCCUUUAUGGACCGAGUGGGACAUGCACGGAUCGAUGGGUUCAAGCAGCGGCCCUGGGAGUGCUCCUCUAAGAUCAACUGGAUCGAUUUAGGCUUUAAUUACUUUCCGCGCUAUAUCCGUUCGGUGGAGUGUAUUGCCAGAAAAUGUUGGUAUGAUCACUUCAACUGCAAGCCAAAAUCGUUUACAAUAAAGGUACUGCGCCGCAAGACUGGCUCAUGCAUACGAAUAAAUGAUAAAUUGAUUUUGAUCACCGCUGAGAAGUUUAAGAAUGAUUACACGCAGCUCUGGAUUUGGGAGGAGAUAGCAGUUAACUUUUGCUGUGAAUGUGUCAUGCUAUACUAG